UCUAACAGCCGAAUUCUACGUAAAGAAAUCUUGAAAACUCUGCAAAACUGUCAGUCCUUUUGACGGAAAUAGUUCUAUGGUAACGUUAAUAUUGAAAUUAGCUCAGAUGAGAUGACGUCUCUUUUUUUUUUGAUUCAAAUGCAAAACACUGACUGACACGAAGAAGAAGAAGCUUUUUCAAGAGCACGGUACAGCUUUUGGCAUCAGGGUAUUCCUCAUCCGAUUUGGCAAUACGCUUCUUAAAGACAAGGGGCGAAACGACAUUAAAACUGAUUGCAAAGCCACCUUGAGCCAAUCACCUGCCAAGAUGUGAAGAUAAAGCUGUUAAUUCCGGCAUAUUCAAGUCUACGAGAAAAGCACGAGGAAUCCAGAACAACACCAACAACUAAUUUUAUUUACUAUAAGAAGAAUUGAAGUUUGCAAAACAGUACCAGUAUUUAACGUAUCCUACUGCUAAAGCAAUGGACACCGUAAUCCACGAGUCUUAUUCCAACGAGACAGUAAAUUCCACGAAACCAACGAGUCAAUUUAAAGAGACAAACAAAGUCGCUCUUGCAUUGUUGUUCUCUCUUGCGGCGGCUAUCGUUGUAAUCAACAGCUCAGUGUUUUAUCUCUUUUUUAAGAAGAAAGCUCUGCGAACCACUUCAAACUACCCUCUCUUCAGCUUGGCUGUUUGCGACUUCUUCUGCGGUUUUAUAAUCAUUCCACUAUUCGCCUUCCUAUUUUUAACGCCUUUGAUACAACCCAGUGGAUCAAUAACGUUUUAUCUUGGUUUCGUUUCGACUGUCCUUCAUAACUUUGUGGCCAUUGCUACUGUGUAUCACAUAGUUGUUGUGACAGGAGAGCGUUAUUUGGCAAUUAAGGCUCCAUUUAAACAUCGAGUGCUUCAGAAGAAGAGCAUCUUAAUCGUCUUAAUAAUCGUGUGGCUAUCCUCGCUGGUUGUAUCUUUUCUCCCUUUCACAUGGCUCAGUAGAAUAUAUCCAGUGCCUAAACCAGAAUCUUCGAGUUACGCGCUCUCCUUUUCGAUAUUCUGUAUUGUGUUUGCUUUAAUUUUGCCUUACAUCUUCUUGGUCUAUGCAUUUAUUGAUAUGUUUAAAGGUAUUAAUGGUCGAUCGAAGAGUCUGCAUCGGAAAGAGAGUGGCGGAGUGCUGAUGAUUCGACGCCCUACAAGCUUCCGUAAUCAGUCAAGUUCUGAGAGAAAAUCAUUAGCAUUGUUCGCCAUAAUGGCGUCUGUAUACCUGAUAUGUUGGUUCCCUUGGUUUGUAGUGUUUUUAUUGCACCAGUUGUCCAUUGACUCCUCUAAGUUGCUUUUACCUUCUCAAGUAUCACUGAUCGUCCGAUACGCAACAUCUGUAGCCAAUCCAUUACUAUAUACCUUCAUGAAAAGGGACUUCUUUCAGGCUUUUAAGUUUGUAUUCAGCAGGCACCGAGGGUCAGCAGUUUCUCUUCCCGGUUUACGUGGUCAGCAAACGUCGAAGGAAGUCGGUAGUUCCGUAGUAGAAUGUCGGGAACAUCUUUACGAGAGUGCGUGUUGAACACUUAGGAAAAAUCGCCUUCAAGGAUCUCUUGGAAAUCGUCGAAUUACAAAGGCAGCGGAGCAGGGGGGCAGGGGGGUAGAAGGAGCCGUAGCCCCUCCCCUCAAAAAAAAAAUGGAGGACGCAUUUCCCCCACGAUUUGGUGCCGAAAAUAUUGCUAACGUAGCAUGUAAAUUGGCAAAAUAUUCAAUCUCGGGAUCUUUUCACAAAUCCUUCUAAUAGUAUCGCGCUUGGCCGGCGAAAUAAUAUUUUGCACAAACGUUUUUUUGAACGGCUCCGGCUCAUGUUCGAGAGGCUUAUCAGCUGCAGCAAUUCCAUUUUACAAGACAGUGCGUCUAGGAAAUUAGACGUGGUUUAAUUUUGGCGGUGGGAACCCAAUAAAAUGCUUAGCUGAAAGAAUUUAGACUUUGUCGGCCGGAUAAAAUAAAAGUAAGUCACAAAUCGAUUGCGGACGCGCUCUAAAACUGUAAAGAUUGCAAAGACGUUUGCUUGUGCCAACGAACAACGCAAAGAGCAUUUUGGAAAAUUUCAUUAGGUGUAUGCGCUUGGUUCGAUGAAAUAUAAGUGUUUCAAAACGUUCCGUCGCCUCUAAAUUACUGUGCGGGGACCAGGAAAGUUGUCGUUUCGGCCUGAGUGAUUUCAGCAAUUGGAACAGUUGAAAAUUAAUUAUGGCAACGGGAGAUAGCGACGAAAACUGUGCUCAAAUUAUUCAACGCUGAGUGGCGUUUCAAUUAUUACUUUCUUUCUGGUCUGCUGGAAAUAUUGUUACCGUCUCGAGUCCUGUUAUGUGUAGAUCUCGUCGUGAAUAAGGAGUCAGAAAAAAGGCCUCGAAACCGAACAGACUUUACAGCAAGGAAGCUUAAACUCGAAAGAGCUCAAGGAAGCACAGUCGCUGGCAAUUAUUUCAGGGACAUAACUGUUGACUUACUUGCACAUGAUUAUAUAUCUAAUUCCGACAGCUUUUACGACUACUUGAGAAGUUGGAUCGUGGUUUUCGCCUUAUUGUGUUCUCUUUAUUUUUUUAACGAAUAGUUAUUCUUGGCGUACUCAUUUAAAACAGUAGGCAAGCUCUUUUAUUUUUUAAAUUUUGGAAAACUGGAAAAUAGUUAGCAAGGGAUCGAUAGGAUGGAAAUACAACGGCAUCGGACAGAGAUUCAGCCGUCUUUUGGAGAAGAUUUUUCACAGACCGCGGUGGAACAAGAACUGAUUUUGUUGUCGUUUCGUCAUCUCAAAAUUGGAGAAACCAUUUCAAAUAUAAUGACUAGUGGUAAAUGGGAGAGGAAGAUUUUUUAAUCUGAA